AUGAAGUCUCCCAAAAUCUUUGAAGUACUCUCUCUACUACUCGCGUUCUCAGUUGUUGAUGUAGUUGAAUUCUUGGUGGAAGAUAAUACCAAAUACUCCGUUAAUGCAUUAAGAUUCCGGGAUGAAAUCGGUGGGUCAAACUUUGCCAGAGCUGCAAACUUCGUGUGGGGUUUAUUCCCUCAAACCAAGAACCCUUCCGACAGAAGGAUUGUUACGAUGAUCAAAUUAUUGAUGGAGAUGGUGGACGGUGUGGCGUACAACAAUAUAGAUGAGAUACACUUCAACAAAGGUUAUCUCGUGGAUUUAUCGAAAGAUGCUAGAAGGGAAUUUAGUGGAGUGGUUUAUCAUGAGGUUGUUCAUUCUUUGCUAUCGAAUGGUAUGGGACAGGCUCCGGUUUGUAUUAUCAAAAGGAUAGCGGACUAUGUGAGGCUAAAAGAGGAUCAUGCUCCAGAUCACUGGGUAGGAUCCGGUGGUGGUCAUAAGUGGGACAAGGGUUAUGACGUUACUGCAAGGUUCUUGGAAUAUUGUAAUGAGCUGAUGGAUGUGUUCGUUGUGGAGUUGCAUAAGAAGAUGAAUGAUGGAUAUAGUGAAAAUAUUAAAAAUAAUUUUAUGAGGUAUAUAUGGUUUUCAACAUGA